UAGCUUCUAACCCUAGUCAACGUCAACCCUCCCCUUCCCCACAUUUCUCCAAUCUCCACCUCCACCGCGCCGCCGCCGCCGCUCCAGAGUCCAACGCGCGCGCCGCCGGCCGCCGCCUCCCCUUGCGCCGUCGCGCGGGCUCGGUCCCGUCCCCAACCGUCGACGAGCGCGCGCCGCCGGCCGCCGCCUCCCCUCGCGCAGUCGCGCGGGCGCGCUCCCGUCCCCACGAAACCUUAUCUCUCUCUCUCUCUCUCUCUCCCACGAACGCGACGACUUCGAUCUCAACCCCACCCCAUGGCUAGCGACGAGCUCCCCGUGGCGGCAGCGGCAACCGAGGAGGAGGACCUCGUGGAGAUCCUCGACGAGGGGUCAGGCCGGCUCGACAUCGCACGGUACGUGGACCACGUCCGCGACCUGGCGGCGGGCGCCAUCGCCACGUUCGAGGGCACCACCCGCGACAGCUUCGAGGGGAGGCGGGUGGUGGAGCUCCGGUACGAGGCGUACGGGGCCAUGGCGCGGCGCCGGCUCGCGGCCAUCCUCCGGGAGGCCCGCGCCGCCCACUCGCUGCGGCGGCUCGCCGUGGCGCACCGCCUCGGGACGGUCCCCGCCGGCGAGGCGAGCGUGUUCGUGGCGGCGUCCGCGGUGCACCGCGCCGACGCGAUGGAGGCGUGCCGCUACGUCAUCGACGAGGUCAAAGCGUCCGUGCCCAUCUGGAAGAAGGAGGUGUACGACGACGGCGAGGUCUGGAAGGAGAACCGCGAGUUCCUCGACCGCACCACCACCGACGGCACCACCGCGUCGUCGCCGGCGCCGGCGACGCGGCCGGCGAAGGGCGGCGGUUGCUGCGGCCGCAAGGUGAGAGUCAACGAGAGCUGAUGCCAACCGCCGGAUCGCAAUCGGACGGACGUGGUUUUUUUUAUUUUUUUAUUUUAAAGAGAAGAGAAGGAACUACUUGUAUCAUGUGAUUGUGUAACCGGAAAUUAAAUUCCGUGAGAAAAUAAUGAAACACGCAAUGUCUAAAUUUAAAUUUCAGAAGCAAAUUCCA